AUGAUCAACGACUUUUCGUCGUCAAAUCCAGCACCUGGAAGAUGGAAAGGCGGGAUGAAUGGGAAAGCCCAUGAGAGCUGCGUGCGUGGCAGGAUCGUUGACCGUGCAUACCUUCAACUCCCUCUUCUAUGUCGUCCAGGGUGA